GCGAGUGAUUCUGUGACUUUUGUGAUCGUACCAUCAGUGCGUGAAGUGAUGCCAGGAGAUUUCGGUGUAAUACUUCAACAAUAGUGUUUUUCACAUGUGACUGUUGUACGAUGGUGAUUUCGUUGUUAAACUUUAAGUUUGACCUGUGUUAGGUUAUAGAGUGACUCUUAUAUCGGUGAAAUGAGUUCCUUCCUGAUGAAUACGGGACCUUCAUACCAUCACCACCAGACCACUCUCCACCACCAGAGUGUAGUCGUCGACCCAAAAUUCCCUCCCACCGAGGAGUACAGUCAGAACAACUACAUAAACGCUGACUUCUUCAACGGCCAUCAUCACCACCACGGAGGUCAAUAUGGUGGAUACCAUCAUCAGGCCACAGGUACACCCUACGGAGUGCACGGAAGCCACGGAGGUGUCGCAACAAACUAUGGGUCCUACGCUGCCGGGAACUACUACCAUCAACUGCACCCUCCUGAGAUUCAUCAUCAUCACCCUCUGCCUCCUGAAGCACAACAGCCUCCUUCCAUCCUUCAACCUCCUCCUCAGUGUACCCUCCCGCCCACAUCCACGGUCCUGGACAGUCCAAAGGGAUCUUCCUCGCCCUGUCACCUGAAGAGUCCUGACCUAUCCCACCAAGAACUGCAAGUGCAUAUAGAGGACGAUGUGGUGUCUGACGAACAGGACGAGGUGGACGACGAGGAUCUGAUGAAUGGAGAGGGCAGCCCACUGACGAUAGACGAAAGUUCAGAGUCCGGAGAUAGGAUCAUCUACCCCUGGAUGAAGAAGAUACACGUAGCGGGAGUCGCGAACGGGUCGUACCAGCCGGGGAUGGAACCCAAGCGGCAGCGCACUGCGUACACGCGGCACCAGAUCCUGGAGCUGGAGAAGGAAUUCCACUUCAACCGCUACCUUACAAGGAGAAGAAGGAUAGAGAUCGCACACACCCUCUGCCUCUCCGAGCGGCAGAUCAAGAUCUGGUUCCAGAACCGGAGGAUGAAGUGGAAGAAAGACAACAAACUUCCGAAUACGAAGAACGUGAGGAGAAAGAACGGCCAGGCUCCUCCAGCGAAGAAGCCCAGGUCGAGGAACGAUCGGAGGAGAAACGUUUCCCAAGAGGUACCGAUGACCAUGGAAGACCUAGCAAUGCACCACGAUCCCCAUCACCUACCUCCCGAUCCACUGAUGGGUCUGCACCCCUCACACUCCCUGACUCCCUUGAUGAGCCAGCAGCUGACUCCCUUGGCCCCCGCCAUGCACGGCAACUGUGGUCCCGUUCAUCCACAACCACUUCCGGUGAAGACCUCAGACUACGGGCUCACCGCGUUAUAACCUGACCUACACACCUUCAGCCAUUAGGGAUAGAUUAGGGCAGAGCUUUACUAAUAGAAGAAUUAUCGUAUAGAGGUCAUUGAAACGUUCGAAUAUUGUCCUUUUUGGCUUACUGACCAAAAUCUCACAUUCAGUAUUUCUUCUUGUGUUUUUUUUUUAAGUUUUAUUCAGACAAUAACCAGUUGGUAUUCUUUACUUUUAGGCUUGAAAACCGGCUGUAGCGGUGGCCAUCAUGAAUUCCUUUUCAUUGGCCCCAUAAGAACGAUAUGAAACUGCAUGCACGUUUGUUGGUCGCAGAAUCAUGGGAGGUGUCUAAUUAAAAAAAAUAUAACUACUAAGCAUCCAACAGCUUUGUUUAGUUUUUUCGAUAUCUCUAUUAAUUACCGUAUUCUGAAAAUUAUUAACUUUUGUUGUACUUAAUCAUUUAUAUAUUAAGAAAGUAAAAACUUUACAAGAAAAACUAUAAAGCGCUUUUAACAUAUUGAUAAGAUCUUCAAAACGAAACACCUCCCUUACGCUACGGUAAAAAAUAAGGCCGUAAAAUUCGAUAAGAAUUAACAUUGUUCUUAUGGGGGAAACCUUAGGACAGUUUUACUACAGCUGCCUCUUAAGCAGCAUCUAUCUAUUUUUGUUAGUUGUAAUAGUCAUCACUAGAUUUUGGUAAUUCAAAAUGUUGUCAACAUUAAUUGGAGAAUACUAACAGGAGCCUACAAUGUAAACAAUUAUAAAUUUAACAUAUACAAAUUUACUAACGUACGAAAAAUUAGCUCCAAAUAAAUGUUGUGUAAAAAUUUCAAUAGCUAUAUCUUUAGACCGAGUUUUCAUAAACCCUGUUAACCUUAUCCAGUAACUCUAUUAAAGUUUUAAUGAAAAUUUAAUAAAUAUGAAAAUAAAUCAUAAUGAACGAGUUAAUAAUAUUGCUAACGUUACCAAAGAGCUAAAAAUACGUCAUUUAAAUUUCAAACUAAAACUGAACUAGUAUUUUCAUGACAUUUAGUGAGCGAGUAAGUGACUUGGAGGGUAAACUGCUUUUGCUGACCAAAACCUUUUAUUUAAUUAGGUAAGGUACAUUUUUUGAUCCAACGUUUUUUAAUAGUGUGGAUAAUCCCGCACACUCAAAACUGUUUCUGGUUAUAAUAUAUAAGUACUAUACACAAGUGGUUUCUCUUGGAUAGUAGAAUUCAUUCAAGAAAAAUGUUAAGUAUGACAUGUAAGUAAUAUAGCUAAUUUAACGUACGAUUAAACUUAUUUAAAUAUAUUCCUAAGGUUAUAACUGUGAACUCUAUUUAGCCACACAUUUGUUCUAAAUGAUCAAUCAUAUUUUGGUGGUGAAAUUUAUUAUACCUUUCAGUGAGUAUUGUUUUUUAAGUAUGAAUGUAAGAAUGCUCUCAACACGAUAGGUAUUUGGAAGUACACUAAAAGGAAAUGAACACGAUAUUGUUUAAAAAUAUAAACGUUAUUAUGUAAAGAUUCUGCCCUUAUCUGCCUUAAAAGAGACUUGGAUAAAGACGUAUUUUUUUACUCGCUGUGCAUAGCCCGGAAAUCGAGUGUCCUGUGUAGUAAAGUACUGAUAAAUUUGUGUACAGUGCCGAUAUACUGCUGUGUACAUUUUACGGUGAGCUAGAGCUGUACUGAUAUAAAAUAUGAUACUGGGUGUCCUAGACUCAUAGAUAUGACCAAUUUAGAGGAAUAAUAUUGUAAACUUGGGAGUACAGUAUUUGUAUACAAUAUUAUUGUUUACUGUAUAUUUAACACCAUUCUUUAUUAUUUAUAUGAUACAUAUGUUUGAAUAUAAAUUAGUUCGUAUAAACCGUUAUGGGAAUGAUUGAGUCAACCACAUAUAAAUUUGUUUCCCAGUCCAAAUGCAUACUAGUCCAUUGUGUUGCUAAUUAUACUUGUGUUCUUGUGGCCAAUGAUUAUUUAUAAACAUAAAAAUUUCAGCAUUAUAUUUGAUACCGAUCAAAUUAACAUUUUUUUACUCAUCGUUAUUGGUUUAACA